AUGUUAGGCCAGUUGGAUAAGAAACGUCGUAGAGAUUACUCUGAAGAUGAGGAGUCUGAUGUUGAACCACCAACCAAGUCCAACAAGCACGGCAAGUCUCCAAAUGCUCAACCCAACCCAAGUGAGAUUGCUCUCACCAAGGUUGCAGAUGAGCUCACUGCUCAACUCAAGAAGUUGACCUCGUUGAACCAACAAAGCUCCAAAGAGAUUAAUCUUGCUCGCCAGAACCAGAGAGUCGCGAACAUCACCAAUUUCGCUCAUAGCAUAAGGGCUUCACCUAUAUCGCCUGGAGUCAACCAGGCCUUAAGCAACAUGCUCGAUGUUGGAAAUCUGGAUGCCCAGAUCAGGUCAUCGAUUGAAGACAUGAGGAGGAGAAUGGCCCAAGGCGAGUCACCAAUCAACCCGCCCAUCACCUCCACAACGUCCACCUCGAGCUCGUCCACGACGUCCACGACUUCCACCUCACCGAUGUGCCUAACACCGAAGUCGAUUCAAGAACUGUUGGAGAGUAGUACCGCCAACAACGAUGACCUCAACCGGAUGCUUACGUUGUCCAAACAGUUGCACUACAUUGUCUCACCCAUCCCCAAUAAUGUAGAUGUCAAUUUGAUCCUGUAUUCGCUCAUCAUUGAUCGAUCGAAGACCCAGAGGGACAAGAAGACCAACGAACUCUACAUCGAUGGUUACCGCGUUCAGGAGGAGCCAACGGGUCCACGUAUCUCGGACUAUCUAUUGGAGUACAGGGAACCCAGAGCUCAAGACAGCCCCUACAGACCGAUCAAAAGGGAGCCAUCCAAUCUAGUCGAAGAUGCAAUCAACUGCGACGAGGAUGACGAAGUGGAUGAGGAGGCCAUCUACGUCAAGAGAGAGCAACAGUAA